CAGAGCCCGGGGAAGCUGCUGCGGGGGCGAUGGCCGCGCCGAGCCCGGGGCCCCACGAGGUCCUGACCCCCUCCCCAGAGGCUGGACACAGAGCUGCCACCUCGAGCUCUGGCCGCCGUGGCCUCCUCUGGCGCCUACGAGACAAGCAGACUCGCUUAGGCCUGUUUGAGAUUGGCCCAGGGCAUGAGCUGCACCAGCUGACGUGUAUGAUGCAGGCAGGGCUGUGGGCUGCCACUCAAGUGUCCAUGGACCACCCGCCCACGGGACUGCCCACAGAGGAGGAUUUCUCCGAGGUCCUGACCCAGGUUCACGAGGACUUCGAGCUGGGCACCCUGGCUGGCCCCGCCUUCGCCCGACUGCGGCGCUCCCUAGGGCUGGCAGAGGAGGACUAUCAGGCUGCGCUGGGUCCCGGCGGCCCCUACCUGCAGUUCCUCAGCACCUCCAAGAGCAAGGCCAGCUUCUUCCUGUCCCACGACCAGCGCUUCUUCCUGAAGACCCUGCGGCGCCGGGAGGUGCAGGCGCUGCUCGCCCACCUGCCCCGCUACGUGCAGCACCUGCAGCGGCACCCACACUCGCUGCUUGCGCGGUUGCUGGGAGUGCACAGUCUGCGGGUGGCCCGGGGAAAGAAGAAAUACUUCAUCAUCAUGCAGAGCGUCUUCUAUCCCACCGGCCGCAUCUCCGAGAGGUAUGACAUCAAGGGCUGCGAGGUGAGCCGCUGGGUGGAGCCCGCCCCUGAGGGCAGCCCCCUUGUCCUGGUGCUGAAAGACCUCAAUUUUCAGGGCAAGAUCAUCAACCUGGGGCCCCAGCGGAGCUGGCUCCUCCACCAGAUGGAACUGGACACCGCCUUCCUCCGGGAGCUCAACGUGCUGGAUUACAGCCUCCUGAUGGCCUUUCAGCGUCUCCAUGAGGAUGAGCAGGGCCCAGGCAAUAGCCUCAUCUUCCGCACAGCCAGGUCUAUGAGAGGGGUACAGAGCCUGGAGGAGCCGGAAGCCCAGAACCGCCGGCUGCUGCCCGACACCCCCAACGCCCUACACAUCCUGGACGGGCCAGAGCAACGCUAUUUCCUGGGCCUUGUGGACCUCACCACAGUCUACGGGCUCCGCAAGCGGCUGGAGCACCUGUGGAAGACGCUGCGCUACCCAGGCCGGACCUUCUCCACCGUCAGCCCAACUCGCUACGCCCGUCGCCUCUGCCAGUGGGUGGAGGCGCACACCGAGUGACCGGCGCCCAGCCGCGCUCUCCCCACCUGGACAAUGGUCGCCCGCUGGGGACGCGGGUUCCAGCUUGGCCCGGGCAGCGGGUCGGGCUCUCCUCGCCUGUUGUUCCUCCUAUUGGCCUCCAGAGGGCAGCAUCCCCUAAUUAAUAUUAUGAACUCAUUUUGCUGGGGAUGCUGUGCCUGGCAUUGUAUCAGGGACUCCCUUA